UUAAAAAAGAAUGAUAUAUUUUUUCACUUCCAGCAGACGUCCGUUCGAUUGGGAUUUUCUUCUAAGCUUUUCUAAAGCUCCUCAGAGGCUAUUCUCUUGGGCCAAAACGAACGGGGCAGUUGACAAACAAGCCUGUUUCAAGGUUCAAGGUUCUCGCAAAAAUGGUAAGAUGCCAAUUUGGCAGCUGUCACCAGGGCCAAGUUCAGUGUACAAUUAUUGCAGUGGUAGCUUUUGAACAUUUUUAAAUGAAAUUCAGUAACUAGGAAAUGCUUGGGCCUACAGUCCUCGGAUUGGCGGAGGUUGAUCAUAACCUGAAGAUGACUUAUUGGUUUUGAGGUAAAUAGGUCAUGGUUACAGUGACUAUGACCCCUAAUAGGUCACAGUGACCUGCAACAUGGAAACCGUUUCUCGUCUGUAGCGAAACCUAUCAUAUAACUAGAGACUUUAAAAAAGCAACACUGGACCUCUCCUAAGUUUUUUUUUCUAACAGAAGCCUACUUGAAAUAGUAACAUAUUUGGCACCGAUUGAUUGUUGAACCCUAUACACAACCCAGCAAAUAUAUCGAACAACUGUUUUGUCCGCCACAAACUGCACGCAACCGGUUAACGGGUGUGGAUAUAGGUACAGAUAUAGAAGGAAGUAAAACAAAAUUGCGGUCAUUUUUACAGAUUCAUCAUGUGUUGUGUCACACCUUAAAUUGUCGUUACAUGUAUCACAGUGUUGGUUCAUGUUUAAUGUCUUCAUUGUUUACUUUUUACGAACUUACUUCACAUUUGGAAUAUUAUUUAAACCUGUUACGUUAGUGAGUGUGCGUUUUAGAAUCUGGAAAUAUUGUGUUUGUUAGUCGCAAUGGUAAUGUUAACUUCGUUAAAAAGUACAAAGAUUAUUGUCCUUCUUGGACUAUUUAAUUGUGUGGACUUGAUACCAAGAGUCGAUUGGGGUGAAUAUGAAGCGUUAAACUACAGCCAAAGUACCAGUAACCACUCCUUUGUUUGUUCAACAGGUCGUGAGAGAAGUCUGCCCGGCAUUACUUACGACAAGAAAGGUCGUUAUUACAGCAUCUCUUACCAUGGAAUUUGUCCUCAUCCUGAGAUGAAAGACUGGAAAUGUAAUGCGGACUAUAAAAGAUGUAUAAACGGGACAACAUACCAUUGUGCCAAGGAUUCUAUAACUGGAGCCUUUACUGACGCAUGCGCUUCUUCGGUAUUUUGUGGAAAAGGAAAAGAACCUAUAAUACAAUUCCCAGAAGGCCUGGCUAAAAUUGAUUGUCGAUAUUGCGAUGAAGAUCAUUUCAGUCCUGCAAACAAAAGUUCAGAUACUUAUUCGGAGUGUGCGAAGAAAGCAAACUGUCGUCAAGGUGAAGAAAUCGAGUGUCUUACUGAAGGAUACGCCAAAUAUUGGACACAAAGAAGAUGCAAAUGCAACUGGAAAAUGAACUAUAUACCUAGAAAUUUAAAAACCUUAAAAAAUUUAGAGACUACAGAAAAGUUCUGCCUAGAAGAUGCUACGUGCAUAUUUUAUGAGUGCAAUACCCGAGACGGAAAAAGCCAACAACGUUUACCAGAUUAUAGCUGUGCUGAAGUAUGUGACCCAGAUUUUCAUAGAAUAAACGAAUCGGGGGAGUGUGUUCUCAAAGAAAGUAACGUUACAAAAGAAGAAACAUCAGCGGUAAAUGUAUUUUCAGUUCCUACAACAAAAACAACAACAACACAAAAGAAACUUUCAUCAACGUUAAGCACUGACAUUACACCGUCUAAGAGUAACAAUGACAGCAGAACAUUGCCCGCAACAACAAAAACAGAUGAUAGUAAAUACUGGGUAGGUAUUGUGAUAGGAAUUGCGAUAAUGAUCAUAGCUGUAGGUGCAUGCGGAUUCGUUGUUUGGUGCCGUUUCCACAUAGGUGACGAUAAAAGACAAAACGGAAAAUCUGACAAUCAUAAUCCCAGUCCUCCUGGAACACCAGAAUAUGUCAGUUCUACUGAAGAUAGUAUCCAGAUAAGAUGGGAUCUACCAGACGGAAAUGAAGCACAGUCCUUUAUAGCCAAAUAUAAAAUUGAGAUAAGAGAAGAUGGACAAGCUUGGAAAAGUUUAGGGGAAACGAAUUACAAUAUAUAUACUGCCCGUGGCCUGAAACAGAAAACGUCAUACGAGUUCCGUGUUACUACUUUCUACAAAGGCAAGACAUUUAGUCGUGUCAGUGAUCCAAUACAACUUCAGCGGCCUUCAGUUGUUCCAGAGAUACGCAUCCGUUUAGGUGAUUUAUUAGCUUUGAAAGGAAAGCCAGUUAUUAUACGUUUUAUUUAUAAGUGUACAUCUGUACCAGACGUGAUAUGGAAAAAGGGUGAUGACGUACAUGAAGAAGAAGACGAUCGCGUGACGUUCAAACAUGAUGAUGUAGAAGCUGCAUGUGUAAUGGAGAUCAGGUCCGCUGAAAAAAAAGAUUCAGGCAAAUAUACAGUUAUACUGAGGAAUGAAAAAGGCAGCUGUCAGAAAUCAUUUCAAAUUAUUGUCAAAGAUGUUCCAGGCAUGCCUGUUGGGCCAUUAACAAUGAAUAACGUACGGGAAUCAGAAAAUAAAUAUCGGCUGACAUGGAAACCGCCAGAGGACAAUGGUGGAAGUGAAAUAGAUAACUAUGUAGUAGAGCAGAAAAGUGAAACAGGAGAAUGGAAGGCAUAUAUUGCAUACGUAAGACGAACAAGCUGUAUAUUAGACCUAACUCAAGAACAGCAAAAGUAUCGUUUCAGAGUUAAAGCCAAAAAUAAACAAGGAUACAGUGUACCAUGCGAAAUGGAAACACCUUUAAGUGCACCCAAAGUGAACCAAGAGGUAAAGGAAUAUGUCGCAGUGGAGGGUAAUCCAUAUAACGUUUCAAUUGCUUACAGUGGCGUACCGAAACCUGAUGUUCGCUGGACGAAGGAUGGCAUUGCAAUUAAAGAAGAAUCUGAGAGGAUCUCUUUUAAAACUGAUCAUAAGAAUAUUUCUUUGGAACUGAAUCCCACAGUGAAAACUGAUAGAGGAAAGUACAGUGUUAAAUUGAGAAAUCUAUUUGGCACGGAUGAGGUUACAUUUUAUGUACAUAUCAAAUACAAGCCUGGUAAGCCAGAGGGACCAUUAACAGUCAAACGUUUAACGACAACUGAAUUUCUUCUAAACUGGAAACCGCCACAGGACCCUGGCGGAAGUAAAGUAAAGUACCAUGUUGAAAAGUCAGAAUCUGGACGAUGGGUUGAGAAAUUGAUUACUGUUGAUACUAGCUGCUCAUUCUUAUCUACCCCAGGGGUUGAACAAAACCGCUUUAGGGUCAUGGCUGAAAAUGAACAAGGGUACGGCGAAUCACUGGAGGGCGAACCACUUGAAAUGGUGGUUCCAGAGAUACGCACCCGUUUAGGUGAUAUUAUAGCUAGGAAAGGAACUCCAGUUACUAUACCUGUUACUUAUAAGUGUACAUCUGUACCAGAAGUGAUAUGGAAAAAGGGUGAUGACGUACAUGAAGAAGAAGACGAUCGCGUGACGUUCAAACAUGAUGAUGUAGAAGCUGCAUGUGUAAUGGAGGUCAGAUCCGCUGAAAGGAAAGAUUCGGGCAAAUAUACAGUUAUACUGAAGAAUGAAAAAGGCAGCUGUCAGAAAUCAUUUCAAAUUAUUGUCAAAGAUGUUCCAGGCAUGCCUGUUGGGCCAUUAACAGUGAAUAACGUACUGGAAUCAGAAAAUAAAUAUCAGCUGACAUGGAAAGCACCAGAGGACAAUGGUGGAAGUGAAAUAGAUAACUAUGUAGUGGAGCAGAAAAGUGAAACAGAAGAAUGGGAGCCAUAUAUUACAUACGUAAGAGAAACAAGCUGUAUAUUAGACCUAACUCAAGAACGGAAAAAGUAUCGUUUUAGAGUUAAAGCCCAAAAUGAACAAGGAUUCAGUGUACCAUGUGAGAUGGAAACACCUUUUAUUCUAAGUAAGUUAUAA